AACAUCUCCCCAUACCUCCAAUCCCACCCAUCAGACCACCCGCAAGCAAACAUGCCCUCCCUCAAAACAUCCUACCUCCUAACCUACAACACCAUCAACACCCUCCUCUGGCUCCACAUCCUCACUCCCAUUCUGCUCUCCCCCCUCCAACCCCCGCAAACCACCUACACCACCCUCGAACCCUGGACCCGAUGGACCCAAACCCUCGCCAUUCUCGAAAUCCUGCACGCAGCAACCGGCCUCACCCGCUCCCCCAUCUUCACAACCUUCACGCAAAUCUUCGCCCGCAGCGUCCAAGUCUGGGCCAUUAACUACGCCUUUCCCUCAGUGACCAGUCUCGCCCCGGCGUACAAGUACAUGCUCUUCGCGUGGUCCGUGGCAGAUACCAUCCGGUAUUUGUAUUUCGUGGUGCUGAUUUCGGGGGUGCAGGUGCCGGGGGGGUUGAGGUGGUUGAGAUACUCCCUCUUCCUCAUCCUCUACCCCAUCGGCAUCGGAAGUGAAUGGUGGUUGAUGUUCAAGGCCACCGUGGAUACAGAGUCUUGGGCUGUUAAGGCGCUGUUUGUUUUCUUUUUGGGACUUUAUGGGCCUGGAUCCGUGAUGAUGUACAAGUAUAUGGUUAAGCAGCGGGGGAAGACUUUGGGUCGAGCUUAGGUUUAGGUCUGGGUCUGAGGUUUGAGGGGAUGGGGGGGGGGAGCUGGUCGUGGCUGCAAUUUGUGGUAGGUAUGAGUGGGAGUGUGAAAGUAUAUCACGAUGCAUUAAA